CUGUGGGGAGAGGGGGGGUUCCCCAAAUCCCUGCUGCUCCUGCAGGGGGUGAGUUGAGCCCCCUGAGUGUUGGAGAGCAAAGGACGUGGCGCCACCGAAGCUGCUUGAAGGGUGGUUUUUGGGGGGGUACUUCUUGUUUCUGGCAGCUGCCCCUGAGGUUCCUGCCCCUGGAAGGGUGUUUUUGGGGGGUCCCCCCCUCUUUUGUUCCUGUAGGAAGGGUUUGAGCUCCCUUGCUCUGGCUGUGGGGAGCCCCCAGGCUGGUACCAACACUCCCCCAGUGGCUGGUGCUGCUGAGCUUUGCCAGGGCUGGAAUGGAAGGGGGGGGGGAUGGGGGGGUCCUGUUUGGUUUUUGGGGUGAAAUGAGGGAUGGAAAAGCAGGGAGGGGGUCUCCCCAACACCCUCCCCCUCAGCCACCAUGAGACCUCCAACUAUCCCUGGGCUGCAGCAGCUCCCUGGCAGGGAGAGGGAGGAGAUGUCCCUGGGCUGGCUGGUGGUGGGUGAGAGCCGUCAGCCACGCUGGGACCCACGAGGGAUGCUCCAGCUCAUCCUCUGAGCCCAAAACCACCCCAAAUCCCUCCCAAACAGGCACCUUCUUGGGGUUGGGCAUCUCAUCUUCCAUCUCCCCUCGCUGCUGCCACCUCCCUGGGUCCCACCAGCCUCUCUCAACCCCCCCUCCAGCUCCCCCUCAGCGGUGGCUUCUUCUUUUUAUCUCAAGGGCUGAUGUCUUUUUCCUCCUUCUCCCUUCCCCUCCCUUCCUCUCCCCUCCCUCCCUUUGCUUCCUCCUCCCUGCCCUAUAAAACCCAUCCCCUGCUCCUUCCCUGGGGCAGCUCAGCCACCGCCACCGACCGACCCAGGUUCCUCUGCUGGAGGAUGGACUCCAUCACCCCCAAUUACACCUACAAUUACUCCCUUGAGGAGGACUAUUCCUUAGAUGACCUCGAUGACUACCAAGUCCCUCACAGCUCCCGUGCUGUCCUGGCUCUCUACACCCUCAUCUUCCUCCUGGGUGUCCUGGGCAACGGGGCCGUGAUCUGGGUGAGCGGCUUCGAGCUUCGCCGCACGGUCAACGGCGUCUGGUUCCUCAACCUCUCCAUCGCCGACCUCCUUUGUUGCUUGGCCCUUCCUUUCCUGGCCUUACCUCUAGCCCGUGACCACCACUGGCCUUUAGGUGGCUUUGCCUGCAAGCUCCUUCCUUCCCUCACCAUCCUCAACAUGUUUGCCAGCGUCCUGCUCCUCACGGCCGUCAGCGCCGACCGUUGCGCCCUGGUGACGAGGCCGGUUUGGUGCCAGAACCACCGAACCCUUGGCUUGGCCAGAGGGGUUUGUGUAGCCUCUUGGUUGGUAGCUGGGCUCCUCACCCUCCCUUCCUUCAUCUUUCGGACCACUUGGACUGAUGACUUCUCAGAUAAAGUCACCUGUGUCCUGGAUUACAGAGCAGUUGGACGCCACCAGCGCCUGACCGAGCUGGUCACGGCCGUCACCCGCUUCGUCUGCGGCUUCCUGGUGCCUUUCGUGGUCAUCACGGCUUGUUACAGCCUCCUCCUGGCUCGUGUCCACAGCAAAGGUUUUGCCAGGUCCAGGAAAGCCAUCAAGCUCAUCUUGGUGGUCAUCAGCAGCUUCUUUGUGUGUUGGUUGCCUUACCACGUGGUGGGUUUGAUCUUGGCUUCCACUUCUCCUCAAAGCAGCUUGUUCAAAGGAGCUCGGGCUGCUGACCCCGUGGUGGCCGGAGUCGCCUACGUCAACAGCUGCAUCAACCCCAUCAUCUACGUCAUCAUGGGUCAGGACUUCAGGGACAAGUGUCAGAGGUCCUGGAGAGCUGUUCUCAAGGGGGUGUUGAGUGAUGAGCCCACCAGCACCAUGGGUGACAGCAGGAUGAAGAGCAAAUCCACCCUCGAUGACCAGAGCGUCAGCACCAUGGUGUGACUGGGAAGUGGAGGUGGCUUUGGGGAGGUGGCUCUGGGGUUGGAAGGUUCCUUGAGUCCUUCUCCUCUCCUGGAGAUGGCUUUGGGAUUGGAAGGUUCCUUGAGUCCUUCUUCUCUGCUGGAGGUGGCUUUGGGGUUGGAAGGUUCCUUGGAGCCACCACCUUCUCCUCUCCUGGAGGUGGAUUUGGGGUUGGAAUGUUCCCUGAAGUCACCACCUUCUCCUCUCCUGGAGGUGGAUUUGGGGUUGGAAUGUUCUUUGAGUCCUUCUCUUCUCCUGGAGGUGGCUCUGGGAUUGGAAGGCUCCCUGAGACCUUCUCCUCUCCUGGAGGUGACUUUGGGGAUGGAAUGUUCCUUGGAGCCACCACCUUGUCCUCUCCUGGAGGUGACUUUGGGGUUGGAAUGUCCCUUGAGUCCUUCUCCUCUCCUGGAGGUGACUUUGGGGAUGGAAUGUUCCCUGAAGUCACCACCUUCUCCUCUCCUGGAGAUGGCUUUGGGGUUGGAAGGUUCCUUGAGUCCAUCUCCUCUCCUGGAGGUCUCACAGAGAGGAGGUGGCUCUGGGGUUGGAAGGUUCCCUGAGACCUUCUCCUCUCCUGGAGGUGACUUUGGGGAUGGAAUGUUCCUUGGAGCCACCACCUUGUCCUCUCCUGGAGGUGGCUCUGGGGUUGGAAGGUUCUUUGAGUCCUUCUCUUCUCCUGGAGGUGGCUUUGGAGUUGGAAGGUUCCUUGGAGCCACCACCUUCUCCUCUCCUGGAGGUGGAUUUGGGGAUGGAAUGUUCCCUGAAGUCACCACCUUCUCCUCUCCUGGAGGUGGCUCUGGGAUUGGAAGGCUCCCUGAGACCUUCUCCUCUCCUGGAGGUGACUUUGGGGAUGGAAUGUUCCUUGGAGCCACCACCUUGUCCUCUCCUGGAGGUGACUUUGGGGUUGUAAUGUCCCUUGAGUCCUUCUGCUCUCCUGGAGGUGGUUCUGGGGUUGGAAGGUUCCUGAGGCCAUCACCUUCUCCUGUCCUGGUGGUGACUUUGGGGUUGGAAUGUUCCUUGGAGCCACCACCUUCUCUCCUGGAAGUCACAGCCCCUCAAACCCCCCUCCCAGUCCCACCAACCCCCUCCCAGCCCCUCAACCCCCCUCCCAGUCCCACCAACCCCCUCCCAGCCCCUCAACCCCCCUCCCAGCCCCUCAACCCCCUCCCAGCCCUACAACCCCCCUCCCAGCCCCUCCAACCCCCCUCCCAGCCCCUCAACCCCCCUCCCAGCCCCUCCAACACCCUCCCAGCCCCUCAAACCCCUCUCCCAGCCCUUCCAACCCCCUCCCAGCCCCUCCAACCCCCUCCCAGCCCCUCCAACCCCCUCCCAGCCCCUCCAACACCCUCCCAGCCCCUCCAACACCCUCCCAGCCCUCCAACCCCCCUCCCAGCCCCUCAACCCCCCUCCCAGUCCCACCAACCCCCUCCCAGCCCUCCAACCCCCUCCCAGCCCCUCAACCCCCCUCCCAGUCCCACCAACCCCCCUCCCAGCCCCUCCAACCCCCCCUCCCAGUCCCACCAACCCCCUCCCAGCCCUCCAACCCCCUCCCAGCCCCACCAACCCCCUCCCAGCCCCUCAACCCCCCUCCCAGCCCAUCUCCACCCCCUCCAGCUCCAUCCAAGCUGAGGUUGAGCCCAUAUGAACUGUAACCCUCCCUCUCCACUCAAGUUUAACCCUUUCAGCCCCAGCUGACCCUGCUGUUGGGGGGUGGGGGUGGCUGGUUGCUCUUUACCUUCUCCCCUGAGCCAAUAAACGUUGACCUUUCCUCAAGGCCUUGA